GAUGCCGCCGGCCGGCGAGGCGCGGCACAGCGUGCGCUGCCUGCAGUAGCUUUGGUUGCUGACCUUCGAGACGGCAUUGUCGCCUGCAUCGGGAACGCGGAGUUCAGACCUUUUGGACAGAUCAGAUAUAUUGUCACGAUGCCUGAAAUAAAUACUGACCAUCUCGAUGAGCAACAGGUUCAACUUCUGGCUGAGAUGUGUAUUCUCAUUGAUGAAAAUGACAACAAAAUUGGGGCUGAGACGAAAAAGAAUUGUCAUCUGAAUGAAAACAUUGAAAAAAAAGGAUUAUUGCAUCGAGCUUUUAGUGUUUUCUUAUUUAACACAGAAAACAAACUCCUACUUCAGCAGAGAUCAGAUGCUAAAAUUACCUUUCCAGGUUAUUUUACCAAUACUUGUUGUAGUCAUCCAUUAAGUAAUCCAGGAGAACUUGAAGAAAAUGAUGCAAUUGGAGUAAGACGAGCAGCACAGAGGCGUUUAAAAGCUGAGCUAGGAAUUCCCACAGAAGAGGUUCUUCCAGAAGACAUGAAUUAUCUAACACGAAUUCACUACAAGGCUCAAUCUGAUGGCAUCUGGGGUGAACAUGAAAUUGAUUACAUUUUGUUUGUGAAGAAGAAUGUAACUCUGGAUCCAGAUCCCAAUGAGAUUAAAAGCUUGCGCUAUGUGUCAAAGGAAGAAGUAGAAGAACUUUUGGAAAAAGCAGCCCGUGGUGAAAUUAAGAUAACUCCGUGGUUUAAAAUGAUUGCGGAGGCUUUCCUCUUUAAGUGGUGGGAUAACUUAAACCAAUUGAAUAAGUUUGUCGAACAUGAGAAAAUACAUCGAAUGUGAAAGUAGGGAUGAAUACUAAAGUACACUUUUCUCUGUGGUGAACUUAGACUGAUGAUUGUGUGUUUUGAUAAUUUGCUUCUUUAUUAGGAGAACUCUCAUUUGGUGCGUUGAUACUUAUACAAUUGGAAAGGUAUAUGGAAAGGGCAGCUGACUUAAUUUUGUAUCCUAUGCUUAUUCAUACGUUGCUAUUUGAGCAAGUAUUAUAAAAGAGCAAAAAGGCAAUUCGAUCUGUCCAAAAAUAUAUCCAUGACAAUUUUGGAUGAUAAAAGCUCUUAAAUUUUUAUAUAUUAGGAUAUAUAUGUUAGGAUAAACAUUUUCAGAAUAUUUCUAGGUCACUGUGCUGUUUGCCAGUCACUUUAUAUACCACUGAAUUUGUAUUGUAAUCCAGAAAAGGAAAUGGGAAACUGAUUUGCUUAGCUCCUUCAACACAGUUGUAGCUUUUAGGAUUACCAGAUAAAACUAGUUAAACAGGCUAAAGGGGAAUUAAUUGGCCUAGAUCCUAGUCUGUAAUUCUACGUUGAUUUUUGUGGUUUUAUCUGACAUUAUCAUUUUAAUACUUAGAGUCAACUCUUGAUUUUGGUCAGAAGCUGGAGUGAAUACUGAUUAAACCUUUAAAUAAACGAAUGAGCAAAACUUGUUGCCAUUGAGUCAGUUCUGACUCAUAGUGACCCUAUAGGACGAGUAGCAGGCUUCCAACACCACAGAAGCAGAGUGCCACGUUUUUCCUCCCCCAUAUGGCUAGUGAAUUCACGCUUUCACUGAGCGACCAAGCACGAAGCCAGUGGGCCACAAACUCCUUUCAAGUAGUCUUUGCCAAUCACAAAGCAUGUAUUUUCAGAAUUAAGUCCACAAGCUGCUCAUAAAAUGGGAAUUGGCUCAUCCUGUGUAACAGUGUUUCUUAAUCUUAUUUAACACGGGAGACCAGAUAGCUCUUUGUUGUGGGGCCUGUUGUGUGCAACAUGGGGUGUUUAGCCAGCACCCUUGGGCUGUACCUGCCAAUGACACCUCCCACAUGGGACAACAAGCGGGAUGGAGUGUCUUGGAGCGGAGGGAGGGGAGCAGAGUUGCUCCAGUGGAGUACUGCAGUUCUUCAGUCAGGCCGGAUUGCAAGGUGAGGGGGGAAUAGCAGACAGAAAAGGCUGAUGUUCACAUUUUAUAGAUUCAAGUCUGGGAACAUAUAUGUAAGUAUUUACAGUUGGGUUUGUAUACAUUUGCCAUAGAGACCUUAGUUUGAAGUUUUAAACCUCAUGAUCCUGGAAUGUUAAGUAACACUAAAAUAGUGGAGGGAAAAACAUGUUUCUUACAAAGUCAAGCAAUUUAUAAUUUCAAUAGAAAUAAUUUCUUAUUAAUCCUGAGCAGGUAACUAAGCACUUUAGGCGAGACUUUUAUGUAGCAAGUAUUUAUUUUAUUGAAAAUGAAAAAUAAUAAAAAUUUACUAUACUUCUA